AUGAUGGACGACGAAGUCUGGCCCGCAUUCGAGGCAAUGCACCCGCAGAACCAAGACCUGACGCCUUUCGAAGUGGAGCACUUCGUACAAGACUUGCAGGACAGCUGGGGCGUUCGACGGAGCGAGGAAUCCGCAACAUCUGAAAGGCUGGAUAAGGAAUUCAAGCUCGAGAGCGUCGGAGAUCCGCGCUGGCUGACGCAGCACGAAAGGGUGGAGAAGUUGAACUGGACGGCACACAACCAGGCCAAAGAGGGCUUAGAUGAGUUUGUGGUCGACCAGUUCAACACUCAGGAGAAGGUGCCCGUGCUCAUCUACGACCUGAUGCUCAUCGAGGUGUGGAAAGAGCGCAUCUGGCCGCUGAUCAAGGCCAAGAUUGCCAAGUUCAGCUCCCUCCGCACGUACAUUCCCGUGUACCACGAGGCGUCGGUUGCCAACCUUCUAGAGAUCUGCCUCUACCAUCGUACCAGCUGCGAGGAGGCUGGAGACGCCCUGGUCGACUUGGUGGACUACUGCGUCCGCAAGCUCAGGUACUUGGUCUGCACACCCAACGAUGAGCUCGUUCGGCAAGUUGCUUCCGCCAAGGAAUGCACCGAAUGGGACAACGUGCGCAUGUUGGAUGAGCAGUUCGUCGAAUGCGAGUUUCAGAUUUGCAUGUGCGUGAUCUCCAUCAUCCGCUUUCUCACCGACCACCGCGUGGCGGUGCCCCUGGCGGUGACGACCCGCCUGCUGGAGACCCACGAUAUCCUUCUACUGCUGGUCCCUCUCAUGGAGAAGGCACCCUGGGUCCGAAGAAAUCGCUGCGGCCUAAGUCGGGAAAGGUCAGGGCUGAUAGUUCCAGGGUGUGCUGCUCAGGGGUUCUAG